AUGGAGACGGUUCAGUUCACUGAGGGUAUGGUUCUGACGGAGUUGCUGAGGCUAAGGGAAUCAAAAUCACCAGGUUCCGAUGAGAUUCCGGCGAAGAUUUUGAAGGAACUCGCCUGUGAGUCGGCUAAACCACUCCAUGCUGUUCCAUACAUCCUUCGAGACCUGAUAUCUGCCACCCGACUGGAAGUCGGCGUGGAUUACGCCGCUGUACGAGGGCGGAAGUCGGGCCUCUGCGAACAAUUACAGACCUGUCAGCCUCACCUCCCUUUGCUGCAAAAUUAUGGGGAAAAUAAUAAAGCAACAAUUAAUGCAGUUCCUUAAGCAAAACCGUCUGCCUUUUAAUUCCCAGCAUGGAUUCCGCAAAAGCAGAUCCUGUGUGACAAACUUGCUUUACUGUCUGGAACACUGGACUCGGGCUGUUGAUAGAGGAGAUAUGGUGCAUGCCAUCUAUAUCGACUUUAAAAAGACCUUCGACAGUGUGCCUCACCACCGCCUUCUAUACAAACUCAGCCGUAUAGGAGUGUGAGGUAAGCUUCUGAUGUGGAUUCGAAGCUUUUUACUCGGCCGCCCUCAAGCCGUCUACGUCAGUGACUAGCAAUCCGCCGAGGUUGCCGUUAGGAGUGGUGUUCUCCAAGGCUCUGUUCUUGGCCCUACACUGUUCCUCGUAUACGUCGACGACUGCGGAAACGAACUGGAGUGCGAUGUCGCAAUGUUUGCCGAGGAAAUAAAGAUCUGGAGUACCAUACGAAGCGAAGUUGACGAGGCGCGACUGCAGACAAAUCUGGACCACCUCGAGCAAUGGUCAAAAGACUGGCUUCUACCGUUCACUGUAAACAAGUGUAACUUCCUACGCGUCGGCGUAACCAGUUCUCCUAACCACACGGUAUACCGCCUGACUGGCAAACCACUGCAAGAUGUCGACGCCCAUAAGGACUUGGGUGUAUGGAUCACAACCUCGCUUAAGCCUUCGCUGCAAUGCUCAAACGUAGCCAAGUCGGCGAUAUCCAUUCUAUACCUCGUUAAACGGCCUUUGUUUACCUCAUGUGCGGCUACAUAACCACAUAUGACACUGAAGUUUGGAGAAGGUUGGUGCAUUAGCCAGGAGAUAGACGAUAUCAGGCUUGAUUCGGCAUGCCAUCAUCUUGACGGAGACGAGUCACGGUCGCGAUGCUGAAAAUGACGAAACCUUAACCUGAACGUACUCCAUAAAUAAUAUUGUUAGUCAGGACCCCUAACUUGCACCCUUAUGCUAAAUAGCAGCACACAUCAGCGACUCACUGUUAGAGCCUGAUCCUCGCAUCAUUGCCCUAUUUACUGGGGUGAGUAGUGCGCGCAGCUAGUAUAUGAUUGCCAAUCUCGUAGUUCGAACUAACUGACAUGGAUAUGGAAAUGAAAAGGAGUGCUAUGUCCACAGUGGCUCGUGUUUGGAGAACACAGCACAUGUGUACUGUCAACGUCUUGGGUUCUACCGGAUGCAUGUAACCGAAUCUGGAAAGGGAUAGUCACGGAAGAGAAAAAACUGGCAAUUUAAUGACGUGUUGCAGUGUACUAAAUACGACCCUAAAAUCGCCCUUAAACACGAUGAACAAUGGGAAUUCCUAGGCCAGUUUGCCUAGCUUCGAUUUUUCGGCUUUACGCCUUGAAGAUUUCAACUGCUACCAAACGCAAUAUGCAAGCCCCUACACUUUUCUCCUCCUCGCCAACUUAUUUAACUUCAUUGAACUCUGUGUUUAUGCAGUUGCAUUUGCGAGUGCCUUCGUUGGGAUAUUUUAUCGAUUUUAAUUUUGAACCGUUCUCAUUGCUCAUUUACAGGCUGGCAGAACUGGGCAGUUGGCGUGGGAAGAUUGACAGUAGAAAGGUAACUGACAUUUUCUGACUCGUUCUUAAAUGACCGGAAUAAUUUAAGCUAAAGUUUCUUUCUUAGGCUUCAUCUUGUCUGACAUCCGCUUUCGACUGAUCGGUAAAGGCAAGUGAACUGCCCGAACUAACUUAUGGCGGGUUUAACGAGAUAUGCUCUCAUUUGCUUGCUCUUCGCUUCGAUUGGUAGGCAUUCCUGGGACUUAAAAUACAUGUGAUAUAUUACAUUUAAGUCCAUCCAGGACCGCCAAGCCAUGGAACCAGAACGUCCAGUGACAUAAAAGUCAAAUCACUGCGUCUGAGACCAGAGAAGGAAGUAUAUCUGUCUGACGACGUCAUUUUCUACUGCGAAGUUGCCUUCAAAAGUUCGAAUGGUUUUCGCUGGACGCCAUCCUGUCCCCUGAUUGUGCGUUUCUUCAAGAAGGGAAAAGUCUAUAACUAUACCGGCUUUCCGGCCAAGAAUGUCCGACUGAUAUACGUUGAUAAACCAGAAAAGGUAGAAGUUAUUUGCUACGCUGAUGGAAAGCGAACGCCGCCCAAAAUUAUAAAGUACAAAGGUGAGUCAGCUGUGUUACUUGAUCUUCUGACAAGGAGUCAAAACGCCGCCGAGCUUCAGUCUGGUGCCCCAUAAACCCAGCUACCACGUCGGUGAUCUCAUAACCUCCUGCCAGAUCAGUCAAGAGGAUGAAAAAAAGGAGGUUGAUUGCCCCUUCUACAUGGAGGUGAUUGAUUCCAUCACAAAGGAGGUCAUUUGGGACACCAGCAGUUUCGUGACGACAGCCGAAAUCCCCUGGAUAAUGCAGGAGGUUCCCUCGGAGCUGCAGGUGACCUGCAGAGGACAAGAAUCCGAUGUGGGACCAAGGCUUGUGAAAGUUAACCGUAAGUGCAUAAAACGAUCUAACUGAUAAUUUAUGGAAGAUAUCUGAGGCCUAAAACACAUAGUGCUUUCUUUGUCUUUCUUCUGGCUUCGUAAGCAUCUUGUCUGACGCCUACCCCAGGAGCAUGAUCUCUUUUUCACAGACAUAGUCAUUUUUGUAUUGUGGCAUAUACUCCAUAUAAGUAGUAUGUGCAUAUGCGCGCCUAUAUUCUCUAAGCAUCAAAGAUCGCUGGACAGGGACACCCUCUACCAUGUCAUCAACAGACGCAUGUCAUAUCAGGCAACGAAGCUCCGUGUUUGAGACGGGCUUGGUCAAUCGAAAGUACAUCUGGUUAGCCCUCCCGGAAUUAUCGGGAAGUGCCUAUUCCCGUGUCAUUGCCCUAACACUGAUCAUAUCGGUAACCCCAACCCUCGUUGAAAUUCAGCGUAUGGACACAUGUGAUACGAGAGCUAGUUACACUCGCGUCCUAUAGAGUUACGACGGGCAACAUAGUAGUGCCUUGACUGCGUGGUCGUGCUUUCAAUUCCAGGUCGUUUGCUAUGCGGACCGGGGGGGUGGGGGGUGGUGCGAUGGCACGCCUAGGUGCGGGCUCGGCCGUGCCAUCUGUCUGCGUCCCCCCUCCCCACCUCCGGUUCUCUUGGAUGCGUCUUAAAACCGGGCCCAGGUGGGGAGAUGGGGAAGAGAGAGUGCGGUAGAUGCUGCGCAAGUCUACUUUCCAGUAGGAGGGAAGGGAGAGUGAGGGCAGUGGCUCAGCGCAUUUUCCUCACUAAAAACAAUCUGACGGGUUUAAGGCUAUCAAGGUGCGCUAAAAGCCGUGCUUUGGAAGGCUGUCAACUGACGGAGUAACUUGUACCUCGCAGUCGGCACAGUGUGUUUUUGUGUGGAGUGGUCUACUGGUGAAUUGAGAGUAGGGCCGCAAUGGCUGCCUCUUUAUAUGGCCUCUAUAUCACUCCCACUCAGUGGGAUCCGAGUCGGUCAGCCCAGUGUUGCGCGUUUGUGUGGAGUGGCUGACUGAUGUUCCAGGAGUCAGGCUGAAAUGACCCCUCCUUAAUGUGGCUUUUAUGGCACUGCGACUCCGUGGGAUCGGAGCUAGGUGUGAUGGCGCACCUAGGUGCGACUUCGGCCGUGCCAGCCCUUCGUUUGUUUUUGGUCAAAAACUUGGUCAUUUGCUAUGUGGACCAGGGGGUGUGAGGAGGAACGCUAAGGUGCGGGCUCGACUGUGCCAUUCACCCGUGCCCUCCCCCGCCACUGGUCUUCUUGACUCUGUCUUGACGUCGGGUCCAGGGGGGGGGGGGAGGAGAGAGUCUGAUCGCACGGUGGACAUCGUCGGAAACGGCGGUCGAACUGCUAUGCCCUCAAGUACCAGCUGUCCGCUGAACCUCACCUCGACCAUGGAAAGAGGUGCUUACUUUCCUUGCUAUCUUCGAAGUGAUCUUAAGCAAGCACAGUACUAACGGGAUUGUUAUAUUACCAGUAUACGCGUUGGAAAGAAGUAAAAGCGAUCGCUGGAACAAAAGCUUUAUUCGCGCAGAUACGGGUAUCUCAUGCACAGGAAGUUGCAGCAUUUACAGUGAGUGACCGAUCGCGUAGAAUGUUAUUUGAAGUUUUGAAGUGCGUUCCAAUUAGGAAUAAUCACUUAGGUAAGGUUGCAAUAUUGAUUAUCGUGCGGUCUAAGUCUUUAAUAUUUCGAACUCGUCAAGUGUUGGCUUUUGAAUGCAUUUCUUUUUGACCUGUAGUAACUGCGCUCGGCAAAAAUGACUACUUAAGUGGCACGAAUUUUUCACAUCGAUAUCCGACGACCUUAGAAAUCUGAAUAUUUAUAUAAAACAUUUAUAAAAAUGUGCUUUGUUUACCCAUUUGGUAGGAAAUCACGUCUUCUUCGUAUUUUAUACUCAGAAAGAAAACAUUUUGAUUUUUGAAAGUUUCUAAUUAUGAGAUUUCAAGGCCGUGCAAUGAGCAUUCAUGCAGCAUCGUACUUGUCCGUUUAUUAAUGAUCUUCUAAAAGGGCAUAGAUUAAUACAUAAUUUUUCUAACACUGAAAAUAUACAUCUUGUAAACUGAAGUCGCUAAACGGCUGAUACGGCUCAAAUGCUUAGGGAAUUAGAAAUUUCUUUCGAGACCAAAAUAUACCGAUUUUCGACUAUAAAUUGUAAAGAUAACGUCAUCUCUUACCGCUUGAAUAAAAGAAAGCAUAUUUUAUGAAUGUUUUCAAUAAAAUACGUUUGAGUGUAAAGAAGCAUCGAAAAUCAAUCUGAAAAGGACAUGCUGCGUUUAUAAAUAGCCAUUUAUUGCCGGGUGUGAUGUUUAAAGGAAGUUGCAUUCAAAAGCCAAACAGACUACGUACUUUACAAUAAAGGCUGUUUUAGUGCGCGGAAUUCUGCGUAUGAGAAAGUUGUCUACGCCUGCGGGGAAGAAAAUAUAAACGGCGUUCUACGAAUAAACUUGCGUUGAUCAGUUAGUGAAAGAAGAUUUUGUGAAACAUCAAUGCAAGUCAUGCAGUAUUCUGGUCCACGGGCGAUAGGUUAUGGGAUGUAUAACAUGGGGGUAUGACUCACAUCAUUCAAUAUUCAGUUUAGCAGAACUGACUACUCAAGUGAUAGUGUCAGUAACGAAAUUAAUAGUAGCAGUGGUAGGAAGAGUAGUAGAAACGGCAGUAUAAGUAUUAAUAGAAACGCUAGUAGUAGUAGUAGUGGUGGUAGUAGUAGUAGUAGUAGGAACUAUCGCUCAAUUAUUUCGCGCUCGUGCGUGUUCUCUGAUGUUUUAUCAUUCAAUUUGACUAUCACCAAGGCGUCUGGCAAAGGAAUCGUUUCCUGUAGUGGCUUCCCGAAACGGAUCGUCCAAAAUCCAGUUGACGUAGCAAUUUAAGAAUACAGUACUAGGGAUAGUGGUAUCAGUAGCAAUAGGAGUAAUACUAGUUGAGCAGUUUUCAGCCCACCGAUGCGAUAUCGUAAGCAUCCAAUUCAAUUUCAAAUCAUGCUGACAUACCUGCAUCGAAAGCCUCAUGAAAACGCGUUGCAAACGAAUUAGAGCAAGACCUAUCCGAAAUAGAUACCACAAUUAAACAACCACGAUUUUGGGCGAUAAGGCGACAGGAAACCUGUCUCUCUCCAGCGGAUUUUGUAAUCAAUAUCUACUUCCGAAAUAGUAGUGCCCUUUUCUAGACCAUUUUGGCCUCGGAGAGAUGUCGAAAAAUUUAGAGUUACUGGGCAAAUCUUUCCGAUGACAGCUCAGUUUAUCGCCAUGCAAGGUGGAAAACACACAACCAGUUUUGCGGCCAGCCGAAUUUGCGAAUUUUCCUUUUCUAUGUGAGGGUUAAGGCAGCGGUCAAAAAUUGUAAAGUCUGCAGAUGACAAGCAAGUCAGGAGUGAAUACUCAAAUCCCUGUGAGUAAAGUCCUCGAUUAAGAGAAAGGCUUUCAGGAGUUCAUAGCAGCUGGUCAUGCUACGAGUUGUUGGCAGGUGUACUCCGCUGCAUGCUUAUAGUGAGAUGAACCCUGCAGCCAUGAGAACUCAAUGUCCCGAAGUGAACUUCCCUCUCAUCCUCCCUCUCCAGGCACGGAUAUUCUUCUAGCCAAACCGCCCAGCCUGUCUGUUGUCAACGAUGGUGAUGCAGCCAAGUGUAUUGGGGCGAUUUUCAAGCAAGUGACGAACAUUACCUGGGUGUACAUCUCGGGUGAGCGACAAAAGGUGGUUGGCAGGAAGAUGUACAUUCGAGCCGGAAAACUGCCUGAAACGGUCAAGACACCAAGGACUACCACAUACGCCUGCGUGGGCUAUGUCGGUAAAAGACUGGUGUCCAUAACGGUGAAAUACAAAAUCGCCUGUAAGUUGUCCACUUUCAUACUGCCAUACUAGACGGGUUUCUGGUUCCCUAGAUUUCUGCUUUGGAGCCUUAAAAUUCUAACAGGAAGCAGUGAAGUCCUCUCAACCUCUGGCUACUCAGUAUGAAGUAGAUGUGCAGCCUCGAUAUUGUCCUUUGUGUGCUGGCGUACUUUGACGGAUUGCGAUCAAGGUAGCACACCAAGCAUGCCGAUAUGUGGUCACGCUUCGUUACGACCCUUUCAUGUCAUCAGUGUUCGACUUUCAGCUGAUUGGGUGACAAGAUGCGCGCUGCUCAUAGCUCAGUUCCUCCAAGAUGACUUAUCACGUCCCCCGGUUGUGCCAUCACCCCCUCAGGUCUUUUCUCUGCCUUCUCGGGCUUCCCAGUAUUUCUGUACCCAGCCAAGGGACUUCCUGAAAGGGUCGGACCCCGGCACGUUAUGCCGUGUGUGACAGCUACUGACUCUGACUUGUUCUGUCUUUACUUAGCCAAUCAUGACCCUGAUCACACCUUGGCACCAGAAUAAUAACUGCAAAUUCUCACCGGCCGGAUGAUCUGAGAUGUAAUCUAUCAGCUGGACCGUACGCACGUUGUCGAAAGGAAAUUCAUCAGUGUGCCGCCCCUUGGAGGUAUCUACGGAUCUGCCACAGGGAAGCGUCAGCUACGUUGAUAGGUUAUUAGUGUGACCAGGGGACCAAUGGCAAAUCGAUAGGCUAGGUUACUGAGCCAAUGUUCGAAGACUGCACAUUGCGCCAUUGAUAUAAGAUCCAAUCAGAGGGGAAUAGGGGUGCCGAGAACCAAUGAAAUUUUUUGCGCUCUAUUCUGAUAAAAAGGACAUUUUUAAAUGAUAAUUUCAGCCUUGCUCAGUCUAAAAAUUUAUCCCCAACUCGAAAUGUACGCGGUCGAUCAAAGAGUUGGCUGUGAAUACCGGUCAAAGCUUCGGGAAUCAGAUUCCACUGAUUACGAACUCAUCCAUGGAGUUGUAGCCUGUGUACGCCUGGUGUACACGGACGGCAGACCGACGGAAGAGCGAUGUGAGAAGCUAAUGACAACAAUACCAGGGGCGCAUUCCACUCUCCGUGACUUCUUCCUCACCUGCAGCAUGAACAACCUCGAGAGCCCACCAAUACCUCUUCGAGUCAUGUGUAAGUUGAGAAAAGUCACCCUAUACGCCUCCACGUUCAGACACCCAUAAGGUGAAAUGAGAGGUGCAUGCUUGUGCUACUCCUUACUCAGGGUGCAUACGAGGGUAUUUUCUAGUAAAUAAGACGGUCGGGGACUUAUGUGGCGGCAAACUUAUCAUCAUCAUCAUCAUCAUCAUCAUCAUCAUCAUCAUCAUCAUCAUCAUCAUCAUCAUCAUCAUCAUCAUCAUCAUCAUCAUCAUCAUCAUCAUCAUCAUCAUCAUCAUCAUCACUGCUGAUUUCCAGACGACAUCCUAGUCUUUGUAGGCAUGCUCAGUGAGCCACUGUCGACUGCGAUGUGGCAUUUCUGGCUGUCAUGUAAUAAGUACUUGCUGAGGACUUUGCAAAGAAUAGAUGCCGGAGGGCCUCGGAAAGACUAUAUUUAAAUUCAUAACUCGUGGCGUCACUUAUUCCUAUGUACAGCUCACCAUAAAACCUUCUUUCAUUCUCAGUAUGUUCGGGAAAUUUAAAUUCCACCAUGCCGACACAGGCCAAAGGUCCAAUUCCAGGAGGCAUUUGGAGAGAAGGAUGGACGAUCGGUGAAGUAAGGAUUUUAUUCGCCAGACGCCUCAUUGCCAGGGACAACAAACACACAGGAGUCAUGGAUACAAUUGCUGAGACACCCCAUAUCUGCGCACGUCCGAGUCGUCACUGGCCGGAACCACAUUGACGGUUUUUUGUCGGCGUGAUAAAAACUACAGAGGUUAGCUAUUGGGUGCUCUCAUUGGAGGUAGUGGUCGUCUAAACACGGCAAAUUUGUCUGCCCAGAAACAUUUCCGGGUGCUGAAUAUGGAGGAGGGAGGUCAUUGUAAUACGACAACCCUGUCCUCCAUUGUUCAGGUCAUAAAAAUCCUCGCGACAGACCAGGACAUCAAAGAACGCCGGUUGGUCGUUUUUGUGGAAGUAAUUCUACGCUAUUUAGGCAACAGCUCAAUCCCUCACAAGCUUUUUACAGUCAACUACUCGUUCAGCUCUUUUGGUCUAUCGUAUCAAUCAAAAGAUGCUCUAAAUUACGUUCUGGCAAAGUGGUUAUUUCGACGUCUUGACUUUCUGACAGCCAAUCCAGAUAUCACGGUCUGUUCUUCAACACAAAUCUGGAAGAAACUUGAAGAAGUACUGAUAAAAGUCUACUACAUCGAGCAAAAACACAUUGCUCUGAUGAUAAGAGGUAGCAAGUUGAACUAAAUUAUCUGUUUGAACUACUUUCCCAGAACGGCUACCCCAGAUGUUUCGUACGUCGAUGCAUGAGACAACAGGAGAUAAAAACAAAUGAACUAGAUAGUUCCAAUCAAGAACCCAGAUUAAAUACUUGGCGAAUCCUUCCUUACAUAAGGUAUGCAUCUGAACAUGUUGAAGGACACUUGAGGAAACACCAAAUGAAAGUGACGCACAAGCCGACGACUACUUUUCGCACACAGCUUGGAAGACCUGAGGGUAGGGUUGACUAUCUUGAUAAGAAAGAGGUCGUCUAUAAAUCACAUGCGGUGCCUGUGGUGCUGUAUAUUGUAACUAACCGGGAAAGUCUGCCUCUACAUGCAUCCACGAACAUAAACUAGCAGUUAAGAGGCGAGACCACCUUUCGCAGAUGGCCAUGCACAUCUUUGGUACUGGGCACACCUUAGCAUGAAACAAAACUCGCAUCGUCGGGGUUUACCCCUCAAAAGCCCUGCACUCUGAUGAACCAUGAAUCAGCCAGCACAUUGAGUUAGAUGUCAUGUGCAGAAAUCUCAGGGGAAAGUGGAAUAGACGGGAACCAAGUUAUGCGGAAUGACGCUACGGAGGCCGCUUACUGGCGCAAACACCAAAUGAAUAUUAAUUUUGCGGUCCGUCUGAUAGUUUAUUGUUUCUUGCACAUUUACUAAAGUCUGGCGACAGCAUCGAAAGUUCACACAAUAAGGCUCUUAAUUUUUUUCAAAGAACGUGUUUGUCUACAAACCAUAUUCCUUGGGAUGCCUGCCUUCCAAUUCAUAUAUAUAUACAUAUAUAUAUUCAACCAGGAAAGGGCGCACACCGAUCUAUUGGCUUCACAAAGCAAACAAGCUCAGUAUGUGUGGCAAAGGUCACGAACAGGCAACCAAUUACCAGGCCGACGUCGGCCAAGUCAUAAUAGCAGCGAGGAGGGACGACAGAGAAUGCGGGUAGAUUGAUACAGUACUGUUUCGGGCCUAUUGUGCCUUCAUUCAGCCAAUCAUAACCCUGACCACCAGCAGCUGGAAGGUAGGCAUCCCAAGAAAUAUAAGUUGAAGGCAAAGGCGUUCUUUGGGAAAAGGGCACUUUAUUGCGUGAAUUUUCGACGCUGGUUCCCCAGGUCGUCGUCAGACACAGACUGAGAGUAAAUGUGCUGGCAACUGUUAACAUCUGGCAGUGCACACAAAAAAUCGAUAGUCGUUCGCGUUUGCGCCCGUGAGCGGCAGCUAUUUCCAUCAAUCCGUCCCGAUUGGUUCUCGUCUCUUCCAUUUCUCCUUGAGACUUUUGUACGCAGCGUCCAACUCGAUAUGACGGUUGAUGCAUGAUUCAUCCGAGUGCAUGGCAUCAAGGAACUUUCGGCCAUUCUUGAAGGGACAGGCACCGACAAUCCGUGUUCUGUCCCAAGCAAAAGUAUGCCCCGUGUCCAGGGUAUGCAUGGCUACUUGAGACAGGUGGUCUCGUGAAAGGUGGUGUUCGUGAAUGCGUGUACAGGUGGAUUUUCCUGUUUGGCCACAAUAAACUGCAUCACAGGCCUCAAAUGGGAUCUUGUAGACGACUUCCUUUCUAUCCAAAUAGCCGACAUUAUCCUUAGGGUGUACUAUCUGAGUACAUAGUUUAGUCGUUCGUCUGUGUGCCACCAGAAUUUGGUGCCUCUUUAGGUGCCUUUCCAUGAGUUCAGACACGUUUUUGAUGUAAGGGGGGGGGUUGGCCUUGACUUUGGCUUGGGCGCUUGACUGGAAGUUCUUUGUUCCCUUUCCUUUGACACUUUCUGUCUCAUGCAUCAGCGCACAAAAUCCUUGGAGUAGCCAUGUAUAUAUAUAUAUAUAUAUAUAUAUAUAUAUAUAUAUAUAUGAAAUGGUACCGACAAAGACAAGGGAGACCGGAAUGGCCAGUUCUGGCUUAUUAGCCGUCAUCAGCCAGUCAUACCCAACCCCAAGUGUGGAUCACUUGAGAUUCGAACCCGGGAUCUUUGGUCAUGGAGUUUGACGCUCUACCAUUGAGCCACGGGCCCGCUGUCCUGUCGGUUGUGAUCGGGAAUAUUAAUUAUGAUAGUGGGCACUCACCGAUCAGGUUACGGAACAUGCUCGUUCCGUUGUGCCUUGGGGCUCAUACUAGAACCCUCGCAGGCAGUCGCACAGCGACUAGUAGUAGAUAUAGAUGAGAUGGUACCGACAAAGACAAGGGAGACCGGAAUGGCCAUUUCUGGCUUAUUAGCCGUCAUCAGCCAGUCAUACCCAACCCCAAGUGUGGAUCACUCAAUAUUAAUUAAUUAAUAUUCCCGAUCACAACCGACAGGACAACGGGCUCGUGGCUCAAUGGUAGAGCGUCAAACUCCAUGACCAAAGAGCCCGGGUUCGAAUCUCAAGUGAUCCACACUUGGGGUUGGGUAUGACUGGCUGAUGACGGCUAAUAAGCCAGAACUGGCCAUUCCGGUCUCCCUUGUCUUUGUCGGCCCCAUCUCAUAUAUAUAUAUUCCUUCUAAUCGACCGGAUUUUUUGAACUUCUGUCGUUGCCGAAGUCUGAACUUACUUGUACUUGCUUGUACUUGAUACGGAUGCGAUCAUGCCUGAUCUAGCCGGCCUCGAUGAUAUCCCGAACUGUACCUUCCCACGCUUGACGAUCCGCGGCAACAGGUCUGGACAGCUCAAUCUAUUCCCUCGCCAACAACGGAGACCGAAUAUCGAAGGUCCAAGAACCAUCUCCAUGUCUUGGUGAUCUGUGUCGAACCAGGUUUUGAGUUGACCCCCUCUUCGACGCCUCCACUGGGGUAACGGUGCCGGAUCGAGGGCAGUAUCACUAAGCUCCUGAGGUGGACGACAAAGAAAAUGCCCAAAUCACCUCAGUCGCCCUUCUUGGAUGGUCCGGGUUUUCCUUACGAUGUUGUCGCAGCGACCGCAGACUGUGUUAUUUGAGACGAAGUCGGUGAACUUCAUUCGAAUGAUGGUCCUCAAGCAGUGAUGGUCGAAUACCUCCAGUUUUCGGUCGUCCUCCACGCGCACAGCCCAGCAUUCACAACCGUAGAGAAGGACAGACCGGACAGAUGUACGGUACACGCGAAUCUUAGUGACGAUGGAGAGGUCACGUCGCUCCAUAGGCAUUUCCGAAGGCUUAAGGAAACCCGUCGGGCAGCAUCGAUUCGGGAGACAAUGUCGCCCCUACUCUGUCCAUUAGGCAGCAGCCUCGCCCCGAGGUAUUUAAAACUGUCUACUUCUUCAAGUUGACAGCCAUCGAUCGCGAAAGGUGCCUUCUCCUGGUCAGAGAUGCAGCUUGAAAACACUUUGGUCUUCCCAUCGUUUAUGGAUAAACUGACUGAUUUAGCGACCUCGUUCACCCGUGACACCAUAAACUGCAGAUCACCAAAACUUGAAGCAAGUAAGGCGAUAUCAUCGGCAUAGUCGAGUUCAGUCAGCCGAUGUCCGGAUACAAAAGCAACGCCGUCACUGUCGCGUAGGGCCUUCCCGAGGAUCCAGUCAAUAGCGUAAUUGAACAGUAUGGGUGACAGGAUACAACCCUGUCGAACGCCAGACCGAAUACCGAACGGUUGGGAAAGAUUGUUGCGGACCAGGACUCUGGCAGUAGUGGAGAGAUAAUAGGUCUUGAUCAUGGCGAUUAUUUUUGUCAGUACACCAUCUAGCGCCAUUAUCCGCCACAAGAACUCAUGGUGAACGGAAUCGAACGCGGCGGCAAAGUCAAUGAAACAGACGGCCGUCGGUUGUUGGCAGCUAUGGCGAAAUUCGAGAAUGCGCCUCAGUGUAAAUAUCUAGUCUACGCAUCCACGUCCAGCACGAAAUCCGGCUUGGUUGGGCCUCGUCCUUGAGUCACGCACAGCCUGGAAUCGCCUGAGUAGGAUAGUAGCGAAGAUCUUCGCAGCAACGUCGAUGAGAUUUAUGCCGCGUUGGUUCUGGCAUCUCGACUUAUCUCCCUUCUUGAGGAUAGGUACAAGGAUGCCUAGGCCCCAGUCAUCAGGAACAACCUCGUCUCUCCACGCUCGUUCAAUCACCUCAUGGAGCCAGGGCGUCAGAGUGUCGACACAAGACUUGAAGAUUUCAGCGGGUAUACCGUCCUCUCGGGGUGUCUUAUUGUUGAGCAACUUUCGUAUGGCAUCGGCGACUUCUCCUUCAGAGGGGGGGGGGUCGCACGACACUGCAUAGGUAGGAGAGAGAAGAAAUUCUGCUGAAGAGGAGAGCAAGGGCGAGGUAGGCUGGGUAUCGAAGUUGAAAUGGUGCUCAAAGUGCUCAUGCCAGCGCUCGACUUUGGCCGAGUUGCCAGCAAUAAAGCCGCCGUUCACGUCGCGAACUUAGUCUCUCAGUGUAGAGGGCUUACCGCUAACUUGGCGGAUCAGACGCUAGAACUUUCGAGUGUCACCAACGUUCGAGGCCUGUUCCAUGGAGGUCGCCAUUUCAGCCCAAUAUUGCUUCCGGGCAUCCCUGGCCGAUUGUGCCGUCAUCUUCCUAAGUUGGCGGAAGUAUUCAUCGUUGCGGGACCUAGCUCUAGCCGUCUGAGCAGAAAACUACAGGGUUCUUCCGCUGAUACAGUCACUGCGGCGUCGCUGGGUGUAUCCAAGGAUUUUCUCAGCAGCCCCAUAGACUGAAGUCUUCAGUGACGACCACAGGUUAAUGACUUCUCCGUCGGCUCGGAUCGUAAAACAGGUCCGGAUUUCUCUGCUUAGGGCCUCGGCAGUGCUGGCUUGCCGAGUUUUUGCGACAUCGAAGCGUCUAGGACGUGGCAUUUUUGGCGCGGAUGAGAGAUGAAUUUUCAAGCGUGUACGGACGGGGACAUGGUCCGACCCAUGCCAGUCUCGGCACCACGCAUCGAUCUGCUAUCGUGAAUCCAGCUGCAGAACCUUGAGCUGACUAGUAUGUAGUCAAUCUGACUAGUCGUAUGACCGUCGUUUGAAUACCAGGUCAGCAGAUGUUUUUUGCGAUGCUGGAAACAUAUGUUAGUGACAAGCAGUCGGUUUCGAUCAGCGAAGUUCAGCAAUCUCUCACCAUUUUCACAACGGGAGCCAAGUCCAAAGCGACCAAGAAGAUGACUGGUUGUGGGGUCGCCAGGUCCAGUGCGACCAUUCCAAUCACCAGCAACAAUCAGCAGAUCGCGGCGAGGCAGUCUUUCAACUAGCGCUUGCAACUGAGAGUAAAACGCCUCUUCAUCGCGCUGUUCGGCAGCCGAAGGUGGUGCGUACACACAGACGAUUGAGAUGUUCGUGAAGUGACCCUUCAGUCGCACGUAGGCCAUCCGGUCAUUGACUGAUUCCCAAGCAAGUAGCGCGAGGUCCGCUUGUUGCGAUAGGGCGAUCGCCACACCGUGUCGACAAGAAGAAUCGCGCGGGCCGUUGUGGUACAGAGCAAAGUGGGAUUCGACUCCAGGGAUCUUCAUUUCUCUGGAGCCUGAAUCAGGGAGUCGAACUUCAGACAGACAGCAGACAUUCACGUUGUACUGAUAAAGGCAGCGUGCGGUCAGACUUUGGGUACCGGGGUCCAGGAACGUUCGCACAUUCCAACAUCCAAUACCGAGAGGCCGUCCCCGAUUGAGUAGUCUAGCUCGCAUACUAUUCGCCUGCACCACUGGACCAGGGUCACGGAGCGCGUCGGUUCUCGCGGACGCCGUAGCAUGUGUCAUGAUACUGUGAUCUGACAUAUUUCAUGUGGUUUCUUGGGAAUUUCGAAUACGAGUGGGUCCCCAACAGCCGCUCGGAUUGUUUGUUCGAGGUCGUCUCCUCUGGCGCUUUGGCUUGAAAGCCUAACCACAAGGCAGCGGUGGCAAGUAAACUUAUUUAAUGGCGGUUUACGGUCGCCACGUCAUAAUGCCGUCAUUGGGUUUUGCGGAUUUUUAUAAGGCUUUCAGAGUGCCAGACCUCAGCCCACCACACCCUGGUAGCAAUGUCACUGCUGGUCCGCGACUGCUUAUUCGUCAGAUCUGGGUCUGCAUAUUUUUCAGCUGACCUUCACUGAAGGUCGUCCCACUAUUCGCCACCUGUGGACGCGCCGGGUAGCCAGCAGCUAGGCUAACGGGCAACCCGUCUUCCCAGAAGGCUGAACGUGAUGAAAAAUCACCCCUCCCCCUUGUCGAACUAUUUUCGUGUCGCUAUUCUGGCUGGUUGAUGAUGAUAGGAAUUGCCCGGCCGCCCCGGAGUGUGACAACAGAACAGUGGUUAAAAGGGGGGAGGGGAGGGGGGGUGCGGGAUUAGCAGAUCUACACUUGUGUCAGCUUGUGAUGCACACAGUUUUGUGGGCUUUAAUCCAUCAGGAGUGGGAGAGGUAAGCUGCAACUGCCGUAUUUAGACAAACCCGAGGAUUAUUUGUGCGAUUCAGUGAUUGGGAGUGAACAUCUGAUUUUCAUGGGCAUAAAACCUGAUUUUCUGUUCAAACCGGGAUUUGUUUGAAACGUUCCUUGUUUAUAUUAAUGUUAUUUCAUUGCAAAAAGCGCAAAAGUAGGGGGUUUUAGCCUGCGAUAUGUAAUUGCAAAUCAGACUAGUUGGACAUUAGAAAACGUUCAUAUUCGUUCCAAAUUGGCCAGUUUCCUUCCCAUAAAGCAAAUUUUAAAGGAAUUCUUCUUUAGCAAAAGACCCUCUGCGCCUCAACUCAAUUCAACAAGCAAAAUCAACAAGGCAAUAUCUCGCUAACAACAUCUUCUCUGUCAUCUUAACUGCCUCCCGUAACAGAUGACCUUCCGACUCGCCUCCUGCCCGACCAAACCACCUACGCACCCGGAGAACAUAUUGUGUGUGAUGCCAAGCAGUACGAUGAUUUUUUCACGCCGCUGUACAUUGCAAAAGUUACAGUGGGGUCUGAAUUCCACAUGUAUGAGUCAACAUUACACAUCUCCGAGGUUCUUCGCCGAUUUCCUGCCAUUUGGUACAACAUGACGGAUUCAAUGCCGACUGAUGAAUUUCGACCGGAUCUGCAAGUAUUCAUUGCAUUCUGCGAAACAAGCGGCACCUUCACUCACCCCCGUUACAUCACCCGAGGCAGUAAGUUGUUUCAUGGGAAAAAAUGUGCCCUGUGAUAAUAUUGGCUGUCUUGCCAUACUACCAGCACGGGUACCUGCUAGUAUUGGUGUUGGAAGCCCAGAAAAUCGGUCAAUAUUUCUAAUACUGCCGCCUGUCCGGUGACAGAUUGUGAAUAUUAUGCGGUAAUUCCCUUGAGACUCAAAGGCUCGGCACAUCGUAUGCAGACCAAAGGUGACGAAGUAUGCAUCACAGAAUUCCACGACCUCUUAUUCAGCUGAAUACGGUCAUUGUGCACUUAAAGGACCAGAUAAACUGUCCAAUUAGAGAGCGACACAGAGGACUGUUGGUCUGAUAUGAGGUGCGUAUGGCGAGGGAGCGGAGGAGGGUAAGUUCUCUGAGCAAACGAAUUCAGAUUAGAGGGAAAACCUGUCGGUUGUGAUUAAAACUACAACGCGCAGGACAGCGGUCGGUAAUGCUGGGGGGGGGGAGCGAGAGGACAGGUAUGUGAAUAGGGUUUCGUCCAUUAUCAAGCCUUACCAUAGCAGUGCGAGGUUGCUCACGUGAUCCUCUGUAUUGUAGCGGCUUCUGCAAGGUGCAGUAGGCGCCCGAUCGUCGCCGAAGAAUUUACUGCAGAAAGUUCAAUUUUGAUGCACAGUAGAGCUGAGUUGAAGGCCGAAAGCCUCGGUCCACACGGAUGCAAAUGCUAAUUUCGUUAAAAAGAUAAGGGAAGCCCAGACUUCAAGGUGAAAAGCGUCCACUUAAGACAGUAUCACAGAGGGAGCGAGUGAAAACGAUGCUGUGCAGGUCGGAGUUUGUGGGGUAGGGGGGGGGGGAGUAGGGAAGUAUAUCAUCAGGAAUCAGAGAAACUGGCACUAAGUCCCAACCAAGGACAGUCCGGCCCCUCCUCCAUUCUUCCUGAUUAUUCUUGUUGAUUCUGGACAUAUCUCAAUGAGUGGGUAAUGAGUACACACAAGCGGGACCUGAAUGUCGUUCAGGAAUGCAAGUUGUAGAGCCUUCAAAUCAGGCGCUUUUAAUCAGCUGGUCCUUGGAGUUCUUUGGUCUUGUAUUUGUGCAAAAACUACCUACCCCUGCGCAUCGGAGGUCUUGGAAUGAGUCUGUCGACGGAAUCAUGCAUAUGUAAUUGAGUUCGGGUAUGCCUAUUAACCAUCAUCCCCAUAGCUAUAGCAAGGUGUAUAUUUAUACGGAAUGCAGAUGGGUUCAGAUGUGUCAGAGGAGUCAACAGCGUUCGAUUUCGGGGGUGCCCAUUGCGUGGUUUUAGAGCAAAGUGCCUAUUUCGAUCACCAAAAGUCCAAAUUAUAUGGGUUUAUUAGCCCAACUAGUUGCUGGUUUUUCGGCGGGUUGAAGAAUGAGGCAACAGCGACAGAGUUACAGUGAGUGACCUAUCUCAUGAAAUGUUAGCUUAAAUUCUGAAAUGCAUUUUCGAUUUGGAAGGAUUACUUGGUCGCGGUUGUAAUACUGACUAUCUUGCGGCAUACUCUUAUAACAUUUCGGACUGGAUAGGAUGUCGUCUUUUAAAUGCACUUCUUUUCAAUCUCCUGUAGAAGGCGUACUUCGUAAAAAAUGACUACUUAAGUAGCAUGCAUUUUUCCCAUUGAUUUUCGAUGGUCUUGCAAAUUCAAAGAUAUUUUAUAGAAACCAUAAAUAACAAUAUGCUUUCUUUUAGUCAAUCAAUAGAGAAUCACGUCUUCUUUAUAUUUUAUACUUAAGAAAGGAGUAUAAUUAGGUUUCAAAAAAGUUUUCCAAUUGCCGAAUAAUUUGGAGGCUGAUCAUUCGUUGCAUUAGCGCUUAGUAAUUUCAGUCUGCAAGGUGCAUAUGUUCCGCGUAAAGAAAAUCACAUAUUUUUCUAUGCCAUUAAAGAGAUAUCAUAUAGAGUCCAUAAAAUGUUGCAAUGGAUGCGGACCAUGUUGUUCAUUUCAUGAGAAGCAGUGGUAAACGGCCAGGUAUGAUGCUAUGUGAAUUGACAUUUCGCGAUCUUAAAAAGUCCCAUAGUUAGAAACGUUUUUAUAACCUAAUUAUACUCCUUUCUUAAGUAUGAAAUAUGAACAAGACAUGAUUCUCUAUUGAUUGACUAAAGGAAAGCAUAUUGUUAUUUAUGGAUUCUAUAAAAUAUCUUUGAAUUUGCAAGACCAUCGAAAAUCAAUGGGAAAAAUGCAUGCUACUUAAGUAGUCAUUUUUUAUCGAGCACGCUUUCUACAGGAGAUUAAAAAGAAGUGCAUUUAAAAGCCGACAUCCUGCCAAGUCCGAAAUGUUAUAAGGGUAUGCCACAAGUUAAUCAAUAUUACAACCGCGACCAAGUAAUCCUUCAUAAUCGAAAACGCACUUCAGAAUUUCAGCUUACAUUUCAUGAGUUAGGGUACUCAAUGUAUUAGGGGACUGACAUGCUGAGUGUUCAACGACGAGAUGGCUACCGGGAUCAGUCCUGCUCCAACUGCCUUUCGACUAGGGAGAAUACCUGAAGAGGGCUGCAGAAACGCCCGCGCUAAAUAUUCCCGACAAAGUGCUCUAUUUUAGUAGUACAACUCAGGUUAUGACGUCCGCAGGAAGUGACGCGUCCUGCAACCUCCGUCGAAUGGUGCAGGCGACUAACUUGCCAGUUUAACUAGUCAGUCGGUAGCGUACCAUGAUAUGUGGGGAUGCUGGCAUGCAAGAUCUGAAUGUACAAUCUUCAUUUCUAAAGUAUGAAGUCUUUUGCUUAUCCAAAGUCCGAAUCCCUCACUCAGGACUUGGGCAUAGGCACAUCCUGGAGGUUGGGUCACAUUUUAUUUGUUAUUGCAGUGAUCUACGCGAUCCUUCCUGAGGAUCAGCUGUCCGAUCACCCUCUCAUAAUUAGCGGUGCUUGUACUCCCUGUGUGAGAACUGGUCCUUUACCGACUAGCUAAAUUACUAUUGAAAGGACACUUUAUCAACAAAUCUGAUAGGGGGCGCUCACCUGGGCUCUCUCUCGAGCCCAACCAGCAGCCGCACAGCGGCGCAUGAUAUAGGCAGAAUGAUAUUACGGACAAAGACAAGGGAGGGAGACUGAAAUGGCCAUUUCUGGCUUAUUAACCGUCGUCAGCCAGUCAUGCCCAACCCCCAAGUGUGGCACACCCGAGGCUCGAACUCGCAACCUGUUUUAAAGAAGUCCACGCCCCUAACCACUGAGCCACGUGUCCGUUGACCUUCGUCUUUGUCAUCAACCUGAACUGACGGUCAAUGCAAUGAAGAAAUCUUCUGCUAGAAGUCCAAAGACCUGAUUCAAAGGCUACCUUGCUGUUAUUAGCGGAUUAGUGUCGGAGUCUGGAAUAGUCCGAGACUGUGGCCGACGACACUGCAAACAAGCCCCUUAGUGCGACAACACUAAAAGGAUGUUGACAUUGACUGAUGAGGCGUCUACCGAUUCAGCAUUCAAGCGAUGGCCGGAGACAGGAGAAGCCGCAGGCGGCCGGCAGGGUGAAAAUUCGCACCUAGCUGCGCCAUCACACUCUCUUUUCCACAACAGACACUUGACUAGGACCUUAUACACUAAGAAAAACAGAGGGGUGGCACGAAUCCCAGCUGGCGCGGAGUGAGUCGGCAACUGGGAGUGCCAUCACACCCCAAUGUUGACACCUGUUAUGGGCGUGCAUUCUCGAUAACGCCUGCCAGCUUCUCGUCUAGCCCCUGUGUUGGUCCAGCGUAUCUGCCGCAUUCCCCUUUUACUGGGCAGGAUGAUACCUACUCAACACCUAAAGCCAUAAGGAUGCCCCGGUCUCCACGACCUCCCGAUUAGAAGGAGAAGGUGCUGGAUGUCAGUUAAGAGGAUUCUCCAUUCUGUACAGAAAGGUUGGAGAGCCGAUUGGCGUAAGUUGGCAGCUGCACAGGAACAAGUCCAACCUUGUGAGACCGUCCCUGGCCCCAAGUGAUUGGGCAAUGCGUCACAGCGUCUUGAGCGAGAGCACACCAGAUGAUUGGCCGGUUUGGAGAGACGUGACUGGCCGAGAAUCAGACUGCCAUCGGAAAAAGCGCUGCGUCGCAACAGGCGCCCGGCGUAGGGCCGUUACAUGACCAGCCUUUUGUUUGGAUUUACAGCAAUAUCGCCGCCGCCGCCGCCGCCGCUGCCGCCGCUGCCGCCGCCGCCACCACCACCACCACCACCACCACCACCACCGUCUCACAAAGGGGCUUCAAAUGCCCUGUAUAUUUUGUCGAGGCACCAAAGCCUCGGCUCAUUUUUCUGGCCAAAUCCAUGGUAACACGCUCCCUUUGGGAUGAACAUCAACUGACCGCGAGGAGAAAAUCGACAUAAAUACAGCAAACGCAGAAUAACGGCGUAGUCAGUUUCUGUCAUUUCCUGACUCACACAUCAGUCGAACAAAUAUUCUCAGUGACUUACUAGUGCUCAGCAAAACGAACCUAAGAUCCAUACCCUACUGCCAUCCUUGAUGCAAAAUUCGCCUUCUUUAUAUAAAAAUUAAAUAUCGUUGCACCAUACUGCAGACAUGGAAGCCUAUCGGCAGUAUGGAGCUAAUGAUGAUGCACGACAAUAUUACCUGUUUACUUAGACAGAGAAUGUAGCAUACGCAUCCAAAAAUACGUUAGAAUCGCUGUUGUUACAAAAACGGGGCUUGACACAAGUCGCCACAGGAUGUGGGGCCCAGCUUGGGAUGUUUAAAACUGCUUUAUUGCUCAUGUGAGUGACCUAUUUCGUGAAAUGUUGGCUGAAAUUCUAAAGUGCGUUUUCGAUUAUGAAGGAUUACUUGGUCGCGGUUGUAAUAUUGAUUAACUUGUGGCAUACCCUUAUAACAUUUCAGACUCGGCAGGAUGUCGGAUUUUAAAUGCACUUCUUUUCAAUCUCCUGUAGAAGGCGUACUUCGUAAAAAAUGACUACUUAAGUAGCAUACAUUUUUCCCAUUGAUUUUCGAUGGUCUUGGAAAUUCAAAUAUAUUUUAUAGAAACCAUGAAUAAAAAUAUGCUUUCUUUUAGUCACUCAAUAGAGAAUCACGUCUUCUUUAUAUUUUAUACUUAAGGAAGGAGUAUAAUUAGGUUUCAAAAAAGUUUCUAAUUAUGGGACUUUUUAAGACCGCGAAAUGUCAAUUCACAUAGCAUCGUACCUGGCCGUUUACCACUGCUUCUCAUGAAAUGAACAACAUGGUCCGCAUCCAUUGCAAAAUUUUAUGGACUCUGUAUGAUAUCUCUUUAAUGGCAUAGAAAAAUAUGUGAUUUUCUUUACGCGGAACGCAUGCACCUUGUAGAGUGUAAUCACUAAGCGCUAAUGCAUCGAAUGAUCAGGCUCCAAAUUAUUCGGCAAUUAAAAAACUUUUUUUACACCUGAUUAUACUCCUUUCUUAAGAAUAAAAUAUAAAGAAGACGUGAUUUUCUAUUGAUUGAUUAAAAGAAAGCAUAUUUUUGUUUAUGGUUUCUAUUAAAUAUAUUUGAAUUUCCAAGACCAUCGAAAAUCAAUGGGAAAAAUGUAUGCUACUUAAGUAGUCAUUUUUUACGAAGUACGCCUUCUACAGGAGAUUGAAAAGAAGUGCAUUUAAAAUCCGACAUUUUGCCGAGUCCGAAAUGUUAUAAGAGUAUGUCACAAGAUAAUCAGUAUUACAACCGCGACCAAGUAAUCCUUCCUAAUCGAAAACGCAUUUUAGAAUUUCAGCCAAUCUUUCAUGAGAUCGGUCACCCACUGUACGCAUCCAAAAAUACGUUAGAAUCGCUGUUGUUACAAAAACGGUGCUUGACACAAGUCGCCACAGGAUGAAGGGCCCAGCUUGGGAUGUUUAAAACUGCUUUAUUGCUUAUGUGCAGUUGUAAAGUUGUGAACAUAUGACAGCAUAUGACAGCAGUAGUCUCUGUUGUUUGCAUAUAUCCUAAAAACUCCGAACAUUACAUCAAAAAGGCACUUUGCGAAUUCGCAGAAUUUCCAAAAUGUCUACUGCUUAGUGGAUUUGGUGCAUCCAAAAACACUGAUUGCUGCAUGACAGCAUGGAAAACACUAGCUGACGUUUGUACAAAAGAAUGAGAAAAAACCUUCCAGUAUGGCUAGGAAAGACCCAAAUGAAGGACGUAAGCAACUGUAUCCUCGCGCACAUGAUAGACACAAAUCAUGGUGUUGAUGUGGGACAGGCCUUCUGGGUGAUUUACAAGGUCCCGCCAAGCCAUCCAAAAUCACCUGGACAGCGUCUGUUGGUAGCCGCAGAGGCGGCUACAAUCAGGCUACACAAGCCAGUCCUAUGCGCUUAGAAGAACUUCGUACGGACUCCACGGUUACCAUGGGCCACAGCCACUAAAUCAGCCAUCCGCAUUUAAUUACCCGUCCUAGUGCCCACCAUCCGACUCCCCCCUGAAACGGACGCUAAUUUUGUUUUUCACUACACCCACCCUCUCCCCAAAACCCCAGCUGCAUAAUAGCUUCUAUUUUCCCGCGUUUUCAACUUAAUCAUCCCAAUAGCAACAUAAAUGUACAGGCCUGAAGAGAAGUUGUCGAAAGCAAAUGUAUGCUCGCCAAAUUGUCUCAUGAACAUCAAUCCCCCCCCAAAAAAGUUCAAUAAAAGCACUCUUAUUACUGACGGCAACACACCUGCAGUUAAACGGCCGGCGUAAUGAUUUCUUUUGUUUUUGUCACAAGUGUUUCUCUUACCUGGCUGAGGCUAAACCAACGCAAGGCGAUGGGAUUUCAGCGCUUUUCUGCAUCUGGAGUUAUUUUUUUUCAUUUUUUAGGGCCUGAAGACCUAAGAAUUGAGCAAGUUUUCCCAACGUUUCUGGCCCACCCUGCUCAGGAGUCAUACGCCCUACCGGAAACGACAUACAAGUGUUCAUACAGUAGCUUUGAUGCAGUGCUUGAAUGGAAGUGCCUUAACUGUCAUCCCAGUGAUUACCAAACAGUCGAAUAUGACCUACUCAUACUUCGUCAACCGCCAUUUGAGAAACGAAUUGAGUAUGUGUGUAUAGUAAAAGAAGGCAAAAUCGCUGCCAAUAAUCCGCAGAGGAUACUUCGAAUAAUCCUCGUCCGUGAGUUCUACCAUACCGAGUUAACUGCUCCUGUGAACGAGUAGACUAUGACUUAAGCUGUAUUCCUUCCGGUCUAGCGAACUUCUACAUCACUUCCGGGAGCGGAAGAACGUUUGAGCUUACGGGGACCAUUGUGCACUGUCAAGCGAAGGGCAAAUCCGCUCUUACCAAGUCGAAGUUUUCGAUUGAGUUAGACGCCGUUCUUUACACGUACAACACCACCGAGUCCUCGUGGAAGGUAGUUGGAAGUGGAGAUGAGGCCUACGUACAAGAGGACACCCUGGAGCAGUACGUGGAGUGCAUCUACAGCAAACGACUAAAGACAGGCAAGAAACUCUUUUAUGCCAGUAAGUCACAUAGCACUUUUACAAGCAGUCCUCCUUCUCCUUUGCAGUUGGGCAUCUUUCAUACAGCCUUCGUGUCUACGUUUUUUAAUGAAUACCUGUGGUAGGAGUGACCGAUCUCAUGAAAAAUUAACCGAAAUUCUAAAAUGCGCUUUCGUUUUGAAAAGAUUAACUAAGUAGGGUUGUAAAAUUAAUCAUCGUGCAGCAUACUUCUAUAAUAUGUUUUCGCUAACUCAUCAUCAGACCCAUACAUUUGCAUGGAUAAUGAUCAUUCUAAUUGUAGACAGGAUGUAAAUGCGUCUCAGGGGCAGGGUUAAUCAGACUCCAUGUUCCCACGCCGUAUGCAUGUUGGGGACGGUGGAGUUGGGGUGGGAGGGGGGGAAGGGUUUCCAGUUAGAUUGUAAGCGUUGUAAGUGCGCGUGACUGCUUUCAGGGCGUCUGGACGGCGUACGAUCACCGCCUGGAGUCGGCCAGGGAAGACAGACUGUUUGUGUCAGCUUCUUCUGACAACAGGGUUCUGGGUUCGCUGGUCGAAUGACCACUGCUUUGGCUGUGAAUGGCAUACGUUUGCGUAGGUCUUUAGAGUAGUGUGCCGGUGCCCGGUAGAUAACUUUAAAGGCUUCUUUAGCGUCGACUUGGUGGUUCGUAUCAAUUGGAUGUGCAAGAAUUGAGCUCGCAAUCGGUCGAGUUUCACCUCUACCGAGUCAGACAGGCAUGUGUUCGCGUACUUGCUUUUCCAGACGCCUCGUUGAAGGGCUAAUAUAUCCCGCUCCACAGGAGCAGGUGAAUGAAUAAAUACACAUAGAUGGGGCCUGUAACGGCAGCCGGUCUGCCUUCGCAAGCGGGUGCCAUCCACAGCCGAAACAGUGGUCAUUCGACCAGCGAACCCAGAACCCUGUGGUCAGAAGACGCUGACACAAGCAGUCUGUCUUCCCUGGCCGACUCCAGGCGGUGAUCGUACGCCAUCCCGACGCCCUGAGAGCAGUCACACGCACUCACAGCGCUUACAAUCUAACCGGAAACCCUCUCCUUCCCCCUCUCCCACCCCAACUCCACCGUCCUCAACACGCUGACUCCGUAAUGCCGGUGGCGUGGCAACAUUGAGUCCGAUUAAUUCUGCCCCUGAGACGCAUUUACAUCCUGUCUACAAUUAGAAUGAUCAUUAGUCAUGUAAAUAGAUCGGCCUGAUGAUGAGUUACCGAAAACGUAUGUUCGCCAACUGACCUUUCAAUCGUAAUAUGAGAAUUUUCGCAGAAAUUCUAUGAUAAUUCUGUUACCUCGAGAUGCCGGCUUUCGGACAAUCUUCUUUCCGGUCGCAUGAAAAACCACACUCUGUAAAAAAUAACUACGUUACUAGCAUGAAGUUUUCUCAUUGAUUUUCGGUGCCCUUAAAAAUUCAAUUAUAUUUCAAGGAAAACAUACAUAAAACUAUUCAUUUUUUGCUUAUUCGGUAGAAAGGGACGUCUUCUGUCAAUUUUAUACUCGAAGGAAAGGUAUAAUUAGUUUUUCAAAAACUUUUUCAGUUCCCGAAUAAUUUUGAAUCCGACCUGCCGUUACACUUGUACUCAGGGUUUCCAAACUACAAGCCAUAUAUUUUCCGCGCAUGGAAAACCGAACAUUUCUCCACGGUAUUAAGAGGAGACCGUAUGGGGUUCAUAAAAUUAAGCAGUGGAUUUGAGCCAUAUUGUUACAUUUGCAAGCCACAUUAGCAAAUGCGGAGUCACGAUGUUUUAUGAAUGGGCAUUCCGCGGUAUUAAAGAACCUUUCUACCGAAUGAGCAAAAGAAUGAAUAUUUUACGUAUGGUUGUCAUGAAAUAUAACUGAAUUUUUAAGGGCCUUGGAAAUGAAUGAGAAAAAUUCAUGCUAAUUACGUAGUUAUUUUUUUACAAAGUAUGGUUUUGCAUGCGGUGGGAAUGAAGUUCGUACGAAAGCCGGCAUCUCGAGGUAAGUGAAUUAUUAUAGGAUUAUGUUACACGAUGAUCAAUUUUACAACCCUACUAGUUAAUCUUUUCGAAACGAAAACGCAUUUCGGAAUUUCGGUUAACAUUUCAUGAGUCAGCACAAAUACUGUACAUUUGGUCAAUUUGAAUAGCCCAAAUGUUAGACUGAAAUACCGAUAUGCCGGAACAGUGUUCGUGUAAGGUCAGCAGUUAAGUUCAGUAUAGUGUUAUCAAGGGAAAUGUAGGCGAGCGUCUUUGAAUUCCCUAUUGGUUACAAUAAUAUCGCAGAUAAACAGCUAUACAUAAAGAAAGUUGGGAAUGGGAUUGGUUCAAUAAUUACACGCAACAAGCGUGUAAUUGUCUGGCAAAUGCUAGUGUGUCAAUGGAUGCAUGGUGCGUCAAAACUGUACGGGAGCGAACACUCAAACCUCAGUCGGAAUUCAUUGGAUCACACGCUGUCAUGCGAUGGGGGCCUUUAGCGAAACAGUUAUAAAAUAGCGGUACUGAAACGUAGUAAGUAGUAUGAUUGGUAACGUAUACAUUUACUGGGGAUGAUAGAAGGGGAGACAUUUGCUAGUUCCUGAUGGUGUGGUGGUACAUAUCCCUGCAUUGGUCAAGCUUCCCCUUAAAUGUGUCCACAGAUGGGGAUUAAUUAGACGCUUGUACUCUGUGCCGCACAUGCACAAUGUGACACCAAGUUGCCAGAGAGAGUUAAGGCCUGGGUGUUAUCAGGGAAUCCUUUAGCUUAAACGUCAUGAUGAAUGGGCCAUCUGGACAGUCGCGUAGUCGGGGACAUGUGAGCUUGCGUGGCAGGGGUCGGAGUUAGCAGGACACAGGGGUGAGCUGAGAUUCAAUGUUUCCGUCUCGCACUUUCGCUGGGACAGACUUAUCAGACGGGGACGAAGGAAUCAGUAGUGGGCCCCUGUGGUCCGCCCAGUCGUUGUCAGAGGGCAAUUCCGAACAUUGACUGCUCUCCACCAAAGCCUGGAAGUAAUAACCUCAGUGGACUGUCUCAGACGAAAACCCCGAUUCCCACCUGAAAUCACACCCGCGCGAUGGGUUAAAGUAGGGCUUGGGUUGAUUUGGGGGCUGGGCUAGCGUUAAGGCUGGGGUUAGGGAAGAGAUGCCUUUCGUGUCAUUUAGUGCAAGGUCACAUAAUUUACGGGGAAUAAUUCCUGGCAGAAGCGAAUAAUCCAUUUGACUCAGUUGUGGAAAAAUAGGUGGCCUAAAUGGGAUUCGAGCCCAUGACAGAAAGAAAAAAGGCUUGAGUACAGCCAGCGCUCUAACCACCUGAGCUACUAGGUCCCAUCGAAGCCGUGAAUUUAAUCCCAUUAGUGUCAAGUUACCCACGCAGCCUACGGCAAAUUACGAGAUCCACCAAAUAGGAUACAGUAAACUUACUGCCCAAUCAGGAUUUCUUAAGUAAUCAAUCAAGAAUCCACUAGAUGGCUAUCAUUUUCAAUAAAUUAAUUACGUGACAGUUUGGCGACAUCGGUGGGAUUCAAGCCCAUGACAGCGUGGAAUACUAGACUGUUUGCCCAGGAAAUCCAGUUUUGGAAAUAAGUUUCUUGUCAGUAUGGAAAAUAAUUACACGGUUUUAUACUACUGGCUGCCUGUUGGCGGUUUGUGAAUAUUUGGCUGUUACUCCGCAGUAGAUGAUGGAUUUCAACCGGCUUUUAGACCUUGCCUGAAAAGGUCUGUUCUGAAGAAUUUACUCAAAGUUCGCGCAUUAAUUUCCUCGGAGAUUAAACAAGGCAAUGUAUCAUAUUUAACCGAUCCCAUAAAUUAUGGUGCGUUGGGCGAGUAACUUGACCCAGAUGUGAUUGGCUGUACUCAAGCCUUGUCCUUGAUGUCCUGGGUUCGAAUCCCACACAGACCGCCGAGUUUUUUCACACCUGUGCAGAUGAGCAGAAAGCAGUAAGUCCCUCACAACAAACUAAGUCACUGGUCGACAUGUUCAAUGAGAAUAAGUGCUAAAAGGUUCGGAUCGGUGUGGUGGGAAUCUGUAUGCCACUAAGAACAGGGUACAUUACGAAGAAAUACUGCUCGCGGGAACGUUAUGGCCGCAAAAUAAGACGUGAUACAGGACGAUGGAAAUUCGCCCAGUUGGAAGGGCAUUAACGGGUUUGCUGUGGGAGACCGAGUAGGCAGAAUCUGACCGGGAAGUCGGGCUCCUAUAAGCCUUUCCGUGGGAGAGCAUCCGGGAAGCCUGGCAUCUUUGGAAAUGCUGGCUUGGAAGCCUAGCGCGCAAGUCUGCGUCCAUGCAGCUGUCGUAUGGACUGCCCACAUCCACUCCUUGACUACAGAAGAAAGGCCGCUCGAAUGGACGAAGAACCGACGACAAGCAACCGGUAACUGUCGUAGGAAAUUACUUUGGCGUACGAAUCUGUGGACGGUUGGGUUAAUUGUUUGGUUCCGAAAGCUUAGAUUGGUAGGAUGUGAUUAUGUAGCCGCACCUUAUAAGCAAAACACUGUUGACCGACUUAAUUAUUUUGAGUUGGUAUGAUUACGCUGGCAUUGUGGUGCUGUGCGUUGCGGUGUGCGUUCUGUUGGCGGCCUUGUUCCUUUGUUGUCGUGUCUACAUUUUUGGCCCAAUGCCAAUGGUUCUUCUUCGCCUUUGGCCUGUCGUCUCCUUCUAAGUUUCGCAUUGGCUGCUUCAGGUUUAGGAUUUAGGACUGCGGUUAGGGGGUUAGGGUUGGGAGUUGGGGUUAGGGGGUUAGACCAACUAUUUCACAACCACUCAAAGUACAACCGCGCACUCGCAAUAGCUUUCCUUUUGCAUACAAUUACUUGACCUCGUCACCUGUGCGGCCCCCGACCCCACCUGCAAAAAUCCCUAUUACCACCGGUCACGUAUUAGAAGUGGCUGAGAUUUGUUUACCCCAGGCGCAGCUACAUAACCACAUAUGACCUAGUCAAGUUCUAAAAGCCCUCAACUCACUGACUCAACUCAACUCGCUGACUUUCGCAUUCACCAAGAGUUUUCGCUUGCGGAAAUUGCAAAUGCUUCCGCUGUUUUUUUCCCUUAUGCCUCCUUUUACCGUCGCGGUGACUCACUGUGGUCGGGAGCUUUGUCAUGGUAAUUUUAGAGUUCAAUAGGUUUCAAAUCGGACGGUAUACCACCAUGGAAGACUGAUAUGAUCCGUUUCUGUCCCACCGGCCGUCGUCAGCCAGCCACUCCACAUCCCUGAUUUGGGUGGCCUGGGCUUCGAAUCCGGAUUUUUUCGAUGCCGUUAUGUCCAAGUCUCUGAUCGUUGAGCAUCGAGCCCCCGGUUCUGUCAACUGAAACUCGAUUUUCUGCAGGCGUCGUAGAACGCUACCGGGGAAACUUCAGCAUCGUCAAAUCCGCCGAUCAAGUUUCCGUCAGAACCGUCAGUCACUUUGCGACGCAACCGCCUCACAAAUGUUUCUAUUCUUUCUCAGAAGAGGAGGGGACAGGCGUACGCGAAUGAGCACUUAGGCCCGCUGACGAAUGCCAUUAAGCUUAUAGCGUCUAUGUAGUAGGUGUACUCAGAGCGCCACAAGAAACGUGACCCAGUCCCGUUGUAGAUCAGAAGACACCAGUCGUAGUAGUAGCAGUAGUAGUAGUAGUAGUGGUGGUGGUGGUGGUAGUGGUGGUGACAGUAGUAGUAGUAGUAGUAGUAGUAGUAGUAGUAGUAGUAGUAGUAGUAGUAGUAGUCGUGGAUCACAACCUCGCUUAAGCCUUCGCUGCAAUGUUCAAAGGUAGCCAAGUCGGCGAUGUCUAUUCUAAGCCUCGUUAAACGUAUUACAAGUGGCCGGGGUUUGUUUACCUCAUGUGCGGCUACAUAAACACAUAUGACCCUGAAGUUUGGAGAAGGUUGGUACAUUAGUCAGGAGAUAGACGCUAUCAGGCAUGAUUCUGCAUGCCAUCAUCUUGACGCAGACGACUCCCGGUCGGAAUGCUGAAAAUGACGAAACCUUAACCUGAACGUACUCCAUAAAUAAUAUCGUUAGUCAGGACAGAACCUAUUUAAUUUCCCCCGCACUCACGGAAAGUUAAUUUUUCCCCAGUAAACUUGCGGACUCCUCGGGAUUCAAACCAACACAACCCGAAUGGAAUUAAAUUCACAUCUCCUGGUUGGGGAUCGUGAAUAUUCAUUACAUAUAGUUGUAUAAACGCACUUUCACACCUCUUUACUUGGAAUUCUUUGACUUUUUAGGUAAAAGGGACUCAGCCGAUCGAGGUACGUGCUAUAGUUUCAGUUCGGUUACUUUCUGCUUGCGUUAUAACCCAGCAUUAAGAGGGAAGUGUAUUUAACAACAUGCAAAACGACCUUAUAAGUCUUACGCUUCGGAUUCAUACUUAACGUCCCUGCUUACGAAUGAGGUAGAUGGGCAAAGAAAUACCUAGACAGUGGCCUUGAAAGUGGAGUGCCGACAGUAUGUUUUUUUCAUGAUCGCAAGCCUCUUGGAUUUUAAGCUAUGCACAACUCAUCAACUGGCAAGCACGGCUGUCCAUUGGUGGGUGCAUCCCCAGCCAUUAGCUGCCAUGUGUCGCCAAUCUACGUUAGCGAGGUAGCUCAUCGUUUUCGUGCCCCGAAGAAGUGUCAAACAAUGCGCAAUCCCUCGGUUCAUGCUGAAUUGUGAGAUUUGUUUGGACGUUGAAGAGCCCCGACCAAGACAGCCAGAAGCUCACACCGUCGUCAACCAUUUCGAUGACAUCAGUCUGCCUGGAUUUGGUAGUAUAAACCGGCCGUGUUUGGGGAGCUGCUUACGAAGUGGAUGAUGUGUUCUACACCCAAAGCACUAGUAGAUGGGCUGCUAGAAGUAAAAAGACCAGAUGUAUGAAUCAGUUUGAGAAAAGGUCUGUGAUGUGUGGUCCGCAAACCGAAAAGCUGCCAAACACCCGGACUGAUAUGAGGGAAUUUGUGAACCCGCCCGGUGGAAUUACCCCCCCCCCCGCCCUGCUUCCCUCGAGUAAAGCGUCGAAGAAACGCCACAUUCCGGACAUAACAGUCAUAGAGAAAAGUAAUUGUUAUGUAGUCCGUUAAUUGAAAGGCAGCGAAACACGCGGAUUGAUUUUUAAAGUAUACAGCAACUCGUAAAAUUGUUUGAAACAGUUUUAAUCAUUCCCGAGUCGAAUACACAUAGUGAUUGCAUAGGUCGCGCGAGGUAACCUAUCUAACAGCACAGGUACUAGGUAAAAGCCCAGACAAGUGUUUCACCGAUAUUCUGUCGCUGCAUGACACAGCUGUGAGUCAGUGAGUCCCCCAGUGUCCGCUGCGCGCUUUUCUGGUAUAUAUUUCAGUUUUGAUAUUGCAGCUUUUUAAUCUACCCAGAAGUCAAUCUCUAGCCUGGAGCAGAUCAGUCUAUGUGAGACUUAUAGGACCAGACAAAAAUCUGAUAUGAGCAUUUGUGGUGAAGUCCAUCAGCUACAGCCGAAAAGCCGUGUAGUCUUCAUAAACUGCCAACAGGCAGCCGGUAGUAUAUGCACAGACAGGAUGACAUAUCGUACUUUACAGCGCAGGUGCUAGCUAAAUGCCCAAACACGUGGCGAGCUGAUAUACGCCGCUGUAUGACACAAGUAUGAGGGGUUCGGCUCAUCAGUGUGUCUCCAGCGGCAUUCAUCUGACGGCACCUUCUCCUUGAUGCAAAAUAUCGCCAUUGCUACUGCUGACGCGGUACUGCUGCUUAAUCACGCAAAUAUUCCUAUUGACUUUCAUCCCCAAAAAGGUAGAACCUUCUGCGUCUCGCAACAGCACGUUUGGAUGCGUACGUCCACCCGUUUGCCCUGCGGAGACACGCUUGUGGCACCUCCUCAAGGGCAGGAACUUCACCAUAUUCACCAAUUACAAAGCACACACCAUGCUAGAGGGGCGCCACUAAUCGCGCUACGGAACUCUCUCCCCCUCUUGAACCCCGCCAUUGGCCGCACAGCGGCGCGUAAUAUAGGCAGAAUAGCAACAGCUGGUGCUUGAUCCUGCGGUCUGUGGGUUAGAAGUCCAAAACCCUAACCGAUCACAGCCCAAUGGACAGCGAGCCCGUGGCUCAGUGGUUAGGAGCGUUGAAAUUCUAACCAUUGGGUUGUGGGAUCGAAUCCCAGGUGUUCCAUACCUUGGGGUUGGGGAUGGCUGGCUAACGGCGGCCAAUAAGUCAAAAAUGGCCAUUCCGGUCUCCCCUGUCUGCGUAGGCUCUAGUUAGGACCUCAUUUGCACAAACAUAGCAGAACCCCUGCCUAUAACAGCUUCUUCCUACUUACCUUCUUAGCAAGUGGCCGAACGCAGAGGGAAGGACUGUGGUGAGGUCUUUUCUCAUCUCUGCUAACUGUUCUUCGUGUGUCCGCACACAGUGGGUGAUAUUUACACUUGUUUUCUAGCUUAUUUUGACUCGCAGAAUGUGCUUCCGGGUAUGCGCUUGUCUAGCACCGCAUCGAUCGGCGCAGAAUCAUAUAUCACUGAAACAACACUUUUAUAUCGACCUUACGGUGAGGAAGAUGGAGAUUACUUGGAGUAUGACCGAGGCUUAAGCGUCAUAGUUCCCGAAUGGUUCAGCUAUCAUGGCCGUGUCUUACACUUCCAGGAGGCACAACUCCUUCGACGCGUCGUCGGCGGGAGCAAGCAAUUCACAUCAGGCUGGUCACAAACACGUAAGUUAUGGAAUGUAAAGUAUUAUCCUUGGGUACUGGCGUUCCGACGUUGAGUAUUUUGCGUAUACAUUUAAAUAUCUGUAUCCGAAAUGCCUCCAAAGGUGGUACAAAUUUGGCGACACAAAAUGCCCACUCCCAGGUCCGAAUACAUCAAAUCAUUCGCAAUAAUUGCAUAAUGGCUAAAUGAACCAGCGAAGCUCAUAACGUAUUUGCUGAAUAGCUCGUUGUAUAAAGUGCCUUUGCAUACCUUCACGUCUGCCUCUAACUUCGUACUCGAUCAUCUGAAAUAGGGCAACUUUGGCUUAAUUGGGUGGGCCAUGCUUACUCUAGCUGGUCUGAAAAUGAACAAUCUACUGGUGUAAUUAUUAUCCGAAACUGAACUAUUACUCAUUUCUAGUAACAUUGAAGAGAAAUGUCAGGGCUAACAAAUUAUUCGUUUAUGGUUUUCAAUUUCAAUGCUGGACUCACCUGAAUGAACUAAACGCCUUGCCCAAUAUUAUUCCAUUUUCCAAGGGAAAGACUGCACUUGCAUACAAUGAUGAUCUGCGACUCGUUACAUUGUAAAGGAAUCCUUGUUGAUUUUUCUAUUGAAGCAUCUAGAGAGCGCAAACCCAAAAACCAUCCCUUCUGCCGUUUAGGCAAAAAUUUGCGGGAAACCCAGAAAGUUGACUUGCAGAUUUGCAAUAUAUUCCUCAAAACCACUAUAGGAAACCAAUAUGUCUAAGAUCAUGGGAGUCAACAGAAGUCAGUAGUCCUACGAAAAGCGAAGUCCGAGACGAAGGUCUAACAUGUUUGGGACAGAUGCAAAAAGUGAUAGACCACCAAGCUAGAUCUGCAAAAAACCUUAUUCCAGUAAAAAAUAUCUGAAACUGCGUUAGUGCUUCGAAAGGUCUUGGUCGGUUUACAUAGGUGAUACCUGAGGGGUUUUCUAGUUGAGGUUCCAACAAGAAAAACGCAGAGAGUUGGUCGGAGCUUAUGUCUUAUACAGUGCGUGACCGAUCUCAUGAAAUGUUGACCGAAAUUCUGGAAUGCGUUUUCGAUUAGGAAGAAUCACUUAGAUGGGGUUGUAAUACUGAUUAUCAUGCGAAAUAACCUCAUAGUAUUUCAGAUUCAUCAGGGUGUCGGCUGUUGAAUGCACUUCUUUUUGACCUCUUGCAGAAACCAGACUUGGUUAAAAAUAACUACUUAAGUAGGAGGCAUUUUUCCUAUUGAUUUUGGAUGUAUUUAUAAAUCCAAAUGUAUUUUAUAGAAAACAUGCACAAAAUAUGCUUCCUUUUACUCAUGCGGUAGAAAGUGUAUAUUUAGGUUUUAAAAAAGGUUUCUAAUUCCCGAAUAAUUUUGAGCCCGAUUUGCCAUCGCAUUAGCGUUUAACGACUUAAGUCCACAAGGUGCAUGCUUUCCGCGUAAGGAAGAUCAUAUAUUCCUCUAUGUCUUCAAGAAGAUACCAUAUGGAGUUCAUGAAAUUCUGUGAUGGAUUUUGGCUAUGUUGUACAUUUCAUGAGGAGCUUUGUAAACGAACAUGCGCGACGCUGUAUAUAUGGACACCACACAGUCUUAAAGAUCUCAUAAUUAAAAACUUUUUUAAAACCCGAAUAUGCACUUUCUUUGGGUAUAAAAUAUGACGAAAAUGUGAUUUUCUACUAAAUGAGUAAAAUAAAGCAUAUUUUUGUGCGUGUUUUCUAUAAAAUGCAUUUGAAUUUAUAAGGCCAUCAGAGAUCAGUGUGAAAAAUGCAUGCUACAUAAGUAAUCAUUUUUUACCGAGUGCCUUGCCCUUCAGGAUGUCAAAAAGGAGUGCAUUCAAGAGGCGACAUCCUGUUGAUUCCGAUAUACUAUAGGAUUAUGCUGCAAAAUAAUCAGUAUUACAAUCUCACCUAAGUAAUCCUUCCUACUCCAAAACGCAUUUCAGAAUUUCAGCCAACAUUUCAUGAGAUCGAUCACGCACUGUACAUCUUCUUGUGAAAAUUAGCUAGGUUAGCUACCAACGAUGCAAUAUCCUUCUCACAGCAGGGCGCUAGAAACGCAGCAGUCAGUUAGCUCUUCCAUUAGCAAAGUAUCAACUUCAGAUGAUUUCGUGUCAGCACCAAGCCAUACAUGUGCCUCCUCCAUUUGCGAACCUUUUCAGUGUUCACUUAGGCCGGCGGCACCGGUCGUCGUAGGAGAGGGGGGGGCAGUAGCAGGUGGAGUAGCAAAAGAGGUAUAGUCGAGAGUGAUAAGAGAAUUACAAACCAGUCCUACCAGCCGACACACACGUAACCCAUGCUGACACAUAAGGUGCUCUCUGUAGAAACCUACUGAAACCCGAAAUGCAAUCGUAUUUUCCAAAUUACCCUUUUUGCAACGAAUUGUCCAGACGCAAUUAAAGGCCAUUUGCUGAGACGGGAUGGAUGUAAAGGCGAAAGAAAAUUCCUGGCUACACCGUUAGACGUUCUCCACUUAACCACACAUAGUUAGACUGCGUUUCCUCAAGUGUACCGAAGUGAAGUAGCAAAUGCGAAAGUCUAGCAAAAGAUGUGGACACGGAACUUCGUAUCUGGAACUGAAAAUCCUCGUGUUUUCUCUGUUUCAGCCUGUGGCAAAAAUGAAAACUUUAGAGUAAGCCCUAAUUCCAAGCUCGUCUUCGCUGUUGGAGACUACCUAUUCUGCGAACCAACAACUGACUGUGUGCCACUCAAUCUCAAAUUGUGGAUAUCUGAACCGCGAACAGAGAAGCCCAUUAGUGAAGAAUUCACCGUUGCCGCAACCACGCCGUCACUCCUCCUCCGUCAGGAGAUGGCAGGUUUUUUCAAGGCAGCCUGCACCUACUCCGUGGCUACGACGGCAGCUGGCGCUGAAACAAAGACUAUUUUUCUAGUAACGCCACCCUACGAUCUGCAAGUGCAGGGCGUCGCUGAAGUGAUACAGGCGCCGAGCGCACUGGUCUGCUCCGCCAAAGGAUAUCCCGUCCCGAUGACCCAGUGGAUCCAGCUAGAAGGGCCCUCAAAUCUCCACGUGGACGGUUACGGCCGUCUAAUCGUUCGAUCCUGGGAUAUGGCGGGCAGUUACAGUUACUUGUGCAGGGUAUCCAACUCGGAGGGCCAGUUGCAGACCAGAAUAUCCUUCAACUUGCAGAACGCAUUUUGGUUUCGAAUGGCCAAUACUAACCAAUUCAAUUGGGCUGUUCAAGUGGGAUUGCUGACGUUUGUUCUGUCUACUGCGCUCGCUUUACCCUUCCUCCGGCUGGGAAAUGUAAGGUGGUAUUAG